UGUUGAGUUUAUCAUUGAAGUUUUCAGUUCAAUUUUCAGUGCUCGUAAACGGUUGCCUAAACCACACCCUCGUAAUAGAUAUCAAUGUCGGUCUGGAUACAACCGAAACGCUAUAGACGCCGAAUAUUAUGUAUACUUUUGCUUUUCGUGGGAGCUAUCGUUGUAGCGUACGUCCACAAAGCAGACCGACCAUCGCAAAACUGCUUUCAAGAAGUGUUCGGUGACGACGGUGAUAAGCUGUUGGAAGAUGUGCAACAAAGCAUCCCGCAGCCAACAGAAGAUGGGCGUAACAUUUUCUUCCAUGAAACCUCCUGCUCAAAAGACGGACUCGUGCGCUUGAAUGCACGUCAGGCCUGUGCGAUCGAGUCGGCAGCGCGGGCCAAUCCGGAAUGGAACAUUUUCGUGCUGUUCGCGGCGCCGGUCGGUUUCCGGAAUCGCACGGCUCAGCCCAUCGUCGAGGCGUUGCUGGACUAUCGGAACGUACAUUUGCGUUACGUAAAUCUUACGACGUACGGAAACGAUACGCCGCUGGAAGAGUGGAUGCAAAACGGGGAAAUAUUUCGUUCGAAAUACAUGAACUCGCACCUGUCAGACGUGAUGCGCUACCUGACGCUAUACAAAUACGGCGGUACUUAUCUUGAUCUCGACGUCAUCGUCCGACGAUCGUUCGAGCAGCUCGCACCGAACUAUGCCGGUGCGGAAUCGGUCAAAUGGGUCGCUGCCGGUGUGAUGAACUUCGAACCGAAAGGACACGGUCACGAACUGGCUGAUAUGUGCGUUCGCGAUCUGCUGGCUAACUUCAACGGGCAGGAUUGGGGCAACAAUGGUCCCGGCGUAGUAACCCGUGUCCUGCGAAAGUACUGCGAAACUCACUCGACGGUUCAUAUGACCCGCGAACGAUGCCGUCACUUUACGGUGUAUCCGAUAAGUACCUUUUAUGCUAUCGGUUUCGAAGAUUAUAAGCAAUUUUUCGAAGAAAAAUAUCUCAACCAAGCCCUCGCCACACUGAAUCAAUCGAUAGCUGUGCACGUGUGGAAUAAGUUCAGUAAAAACCAUCCUGUCAUCGUUGGUUCGCGAGUGGCGUACGGAGUGCUGGCCGACCAACAUUGCCCCAAAGUAUAUCGAUCCUGUGGUCCUAUUUUUUAAUUAUCUUUGUGUAUUGUGGAUAUUCUUGUGUAUGGUGCUUUUCAUAUAUUUAUUCUUCAGCCCACUUUUACCAUGCACACGUGCUUUCAAUGGUGCUCCAAUGUGUAAACAUCUUUACAAUUUUAUCGUGUAUUUUAGUUUUCUUAAACCAAAUCAAAUAACGAAGAAUUUUCAUGCGUAAUUUCAUAAUGUUUUCCCAAAUCCAGCGCAUCACAUUAGGUAUCUUAAAUUAUGAUGAUUUUUAACUAUUAACAUAACAACAACCAAAAGUAUGUUUUAUUAAAAUAGUUCCCACUAACAAAGUUCAUUGCAAAUUGUUAUCAAACUCCCGAUUGUAUCUGUAGGAAAAAAGUAUUUUUGUAAUACGGAAAAAAAGAUACAGUUAUGCGAGUUAAUCAUACUCGAAAUGUUACUAUAUAAGGAAGAGUUUUGAAAAGGAAAACUAAAACCAAAAGUAAUAAUGAGCCGCUGGUACACUCAAAUCUCAGUAUUGGGCAUUGUGUUAACUGUUUAACAACAGAAUUUGUCCGCAAGAGCCCAGUAUUUUUAGUUUAUCUCCAGACAUUUAGCAUCAGUUUUGUUUUAUCAAAUAUGUAUAUAUUUUUAUGAAUAAACAAGAUUUUUGGCUUUUAUUGGUACUUAGAUAACUUUAGCGGUAACAAUGAAGACCAAAGUAAAAACACGACUAAAGA